CCUUUCAUCUUUCAUUAAUUCUCUUAUAUUGUUCUUGUAUACAAAAGAUAUAUUGAAAAAAACUCCAUUCAAUUUCAAUCCCAGAUUUUUUAAUUGAAGAAAAUGAGAAGAAAGUCUAAUUUGGAACUCACUCUUUCUCCUAGCAACUUCUUAAUGGAGGAUCAACAAUUAGAGAAUGAGCAAUCACAACAGCUAACAAUAUUUUACAAUGGACAAUUUGUUGUUUCUCAUGUUACUCAGCUUCAGGCUAAAGCUAUAAUAUAUCGUGCAAGUAGAGAAAUGGAGGAGAAGUCAAAUAAGAUGUCCGAGCCUUCAUCACCAUUAUUACAACCUCAAACUGGUCGUUUCAUGGAUAAAUCUCUACAAAGAUUUCUACAAAAGAGAAAAAAUAGAAUUCAAACAACUUCACCAUACCAUCACUAGUUGCUCCUACUGAUGAUAUUGGCUCCGAUCCAUUGUUUGUACAUAUGUUUUGUAUUUAUUGAUCUCUAGUUUCUUAUGAUCUGAACUAUCACUUCAAUAUCUCUUAUCUUGUAUUUUGUUUGACAUGAAAAAAUAAGUCAAAUGAUGGCGCUAGGUAGCAACACUAUGACUUGAACAAGUUAGUCUUAACAAGAACCUGAAGGUUAAAUCAAAUGGAUGCUAAAAUUCAAA